UUGAUUGCGUCCUUGAUCUAUAAACUCAGGAAGUCUAAAGUGGAACCUAUGAAUAGUAAAUUAUUUUUUUACUCUCGGUUCUUUUGAAUGGAAAGCUCCAGGUUGUUUAUUUAUUAGUAAUUCAUAAGCAAUGUCGUGGAAGGAAGUGUUUCAGCUUCCUUGCCCAAAUAUUUAUGAAUAUUUCUGAAGAAUCUUAACAUAAAUGCAAGAAAAAUAUUACAUUUGAAUGAACAAGUAUUUAAAGAAGCGGUUCAGUGGACUUAAAGUACAAAAGAGAACUAUACGCAGUUUGUUUCAGCUAUUUCACAGCUCUUUGGUUCUGAGAGUAGAAAAGAAAAAAAAAUGUCAACAGAAGUGAAUUACUUCUGGUCAGAUGCCAUACCUUUAUGAUAGUAUAAAAACGGAAACUCUGAUAUCAUUUUAUGCCAUUCGACCUCUGAGAAGGCGAACGAGCUCAUAGUUCUCUCAAUUCAAGUAAAGAUGUCACGAUUUAGAACUUCUAUUGUAUUCACUGUUGUCCAGAUCAUCGUAAUAACUACCUCACAAGAAGUCAACAGGAUAAUCCGGCAUAAAAAUAAUACAUCUCUUGAUAGUGUUGUGGAUUUUCAAACAGCUGAGACGCAGCAUUCUGAUUUAUGGCUAAUAUCGAGAAAUGCACCGGUUCCUGCUGUUCUAAACAGAUUUAUGGCGCAAGGGAACAUACCUAGUGAUGUCCGUGUGUCCACAUUACCAAACGGAGCUUAUGGAUCUCGACUUAGUAACAGGAUACUCUCUCGUCCUAUUUUGGAACAGUUCACGGGUAGCAGAAAUCGAAAUGAUGAACUUAAAAUAUUUAAUCCAAAUAAUCUUCAAUCACCCCUUGCAAGCAGACACCAAAAUACUGUGAGUAAUGUAGAAGAUGUUGUAGUCGAGUUACCAGUUGACUUAGCUGCUGGAUUUUGGGAGCAACCACAUCCAGAAUUAAUGGAUGCUUUGGGUGUCAGAGGGAGACAAGCCGGACCCUUAAAUGAACAAGUCGUGAGUUUUGAAGCGCCAUCUCAGAUCCAUGCCCUACAUUCUGAUGAUUUGAAUCCUAUUAGAGAAGUGUCAACUAGACUUCCAUUUGAAAUAAUACCUUUAAAUGAUAAUGAUUCCUAUAUUGAAACAUUUUACGACUUUCCAUUUGAAACAUUUGCUGCUGCUGAAGAAAAUAUAAACGACAAGCCUUAUAAUUUCUCAUUAACUGAGACUCCAACCAUAGGCCAAAGGAUUGUGUGGGCACCUGUUCAAGGAUCAACUUCUGUUAAUUCUUUUGGGAGAAAUAAUAAUGGUCCACCAUUUUACGAAAUAGCAUUUGAUGAAUAUCCGUCAAGCAAUUUACAAUCAAGUAACAGAGAAAUGACAUUAACUCCGGAAGAUAUAGAAAUCCUUGAAAAGUUGGGCAUAUUGUCUGCACUAAACUUUGAGCCUUUUCCAGAAAGUAACGCAUCCUUGUUUCAUUCAUCUUCUGAAAAUUCUACGAAUGAACUUGAAAGCAGUUCUCAUCUCAUAGACAAUAUAGGGGAAAAUCAAACUCUUGUAAGUGCAAACCAAGUAAGUCAAAACGAUAGUGAUGUUAUCUUAUUUCAAGUUCCAAAUUUUACAACUUCCGCCUAUCAUGGAAACAUACCUGAUAUUUCAGAAAACGGUAGGAUUCGUCCCAUACCGUACACUAUCACUGAAUUAGUUACGGUUCCAACUAAUGACAAUAUUCCUUCUGACUCUUUGACGAAAAACAACAGUGAAAUUCUCUCUUCAUCUCAGGUGCACGAAAUAAUGCAAAUUCUUGGUUUAAACUCAAUCACAUAUGCCAAUUCUUCCACAGAGUCAUUAAACGCUCCAAAUUCUGAUUUGGGUGUUGUAAAUUCAACUGUUUCAACACCAGCAGUACAGAAAGCAAAUAUUGAAUCUGAAAGUAUUCACUCUUCAAAUGUGGAGGUAAAUGUUGCCGGAAACGAUACAAAAGAAGAAAGCGUUCUGGAUAAUCUUGAAAUAAGUUCUACAAACCCAGUAUUAUCAAAAACGAAUCAAAGCCCAGUCGUUCUCACUAACAGAAACGAAGGAUUAGUCAGUUCUGGCCGGAUACAACCAAGAUUUCUUGAAAUACUUCCAAGCGAUCGUUUGAGAAACGAAAACGAAAUUAUCGAAUUCUUCUCUGGUAAUAUAACACCACUAUCUUCUCGAAAAUUGGAACUUCUGCGCAAAUUGCGCAUUGAACCAAAACCAUAUGUUUUUGGUUAUACCCAGCAUGAUGGAAAUGGCACUUACCAGCAUAGAAACGAAACCUCGAAUUCUCAAGGGGUGGUUCAAGGUUCGUACGGAUAUCGUGAUCCACUUGGGGUAUACAGAAAUGUUAACUACAUUGCUGAUGAGAAAGGAUUUCAUGCUGUGGUGAAAACCAAUGAGCCAGGUACUAUUUCACAUAGUGUGGCUGAUGCUAUUGUAAUGUCUGAAAGACCCCCACAAACAGUUCUAGAAAAAAUGAUGGCGUACGCCAAAAAGCCCGAAACAAGUGGUGUAUAAAAAUUGUGCAAAACAUCAUCCCCUAAACUUUCAGUGUAGAACUAUUAACAAUUGUUAUGUAAAUUAGCGCACUAAUUUAGUAUUUUUUUUAAAUCUCCAUUCAGACUUUUUUCAACUCAUUUAUUACAUUGGGAGUUGUUUAUGUUUGUUGAUAUGCCAUUAUAUAUGUUAAGUUUUAAUUUUGGCUUUUUGUUUUAAUCUACAAAUUUUGC